UGAUGAUGAUGAUGAUGAUGAUGAUGAUGAUAUAAACACCAGCAGCAGCAGCAGCAAUAACAGUGAUGAUGAAGAUACAAAAAGCAAUGACAAUGACUGUAGCAAUAGACGUAUCAAACAAUUAUUUAGAUACUUAAAAGACAAACUGGAAAGAAAAAAUGUGUCCUUGGAUUUGACCACGAAAGAAGAAAAUGUAUUACAUAAGUUAUAUAUGCUGUUCAACCCGUUUGUUAUUGAACCUUCUGGUGACAAGGAAGUCGACCGACAUCCAUUAAUGUUGUUCCCUGUAGUAUGCUUAUGUAACAAAAUCCUGUAUAUCGCUGGAUACACAAAGUUUGCUCGACGGUGUUUGCCUCAACCAAAAGUUUCAUCCACUCCUGCACUACUCCUGGAUGCAUCAUCAAUCUACUAUAUCCUUUGCUCAUCAGCUGGUCGUCAAGGGGGGGUGAAACAACGAACUGGUGGUGAUCCUGUCCAUUCAAAAUCGUUUACAGUCUCUCUACCGAACAAUGAUUUUGUCACUAGUGAAGAAAAGGCGAGAUCUGAAAAGGAUUUAUUAUUCGGCGCUUUUUUUGAUAUGGAAAGAAUAAAAAAGCUAUUUGAAAAUAGUAAAGGAUAUAAAUUUUCCUAUAGAAGGCAUCUGACAAACUUUGGGCUAUUACGACUGCAAGGUGAACGAUAUAUAAAGCAAGUAUUACCUUCUUCAUCACAAUCAUCAUCAGAAUCAUCGGGAACUUCCUUAUUUGCAGAACCGGCUCCAUCUGAGAAACGUCUCGGAAAACGAAAAGCUUCGUCGUCGCUAUUGACAUCAUCAAUUGUCAAAAAAACUGUGCAUCCAUCAACAACUAUUGAUACACCUUCCUCAUCCCCAUCGGCUUCUUCAUCACAAUCAUCAUCAGAAUCAUCGGGAACUUCCUUAUUUGCAGAACCGGCUCCAUCUGAGAAACAACUUGGAAAACGAAAAGCUUCGUCUUCGCUAUUGACUUCAAAUACCAAGAAGAGUAUUCUUCCAACACCUGAUACACCAACUAUCGGAGAACAAUUUUCAGCCAUCAACGAAAGAAUCAAAGAACUCAACAAUAGUCUUCAACAGAAGAAACGCACUCUUGAUAUUAAAAACGGCCAAAUAACUCUUCUGAAUUCAACUAUUUCCAAGUGUAUUUCGACAGACGACAAAAAGAAACUAGUGGAUGAACGACAGAAGUUGAAGAACGAUAGAAACGAACUACAACGAAUGAUCAUCCGAGAACGAGAAGAUAUUAUGUAUUGUCGAGGAUCGAAGUAUGCUCUGUACAAAUCAACAAAAAGAGACACAUCAAACGAUAGUUCCGACAUGAACGUCAGCAAGGCAUUAGAUAUAAAUCAACACAACGACAACACCAUCUAUGUUGGCGCAGACCCAGGUUUAGUUACGAUGCUGCAGACAGUAACAGCAAAUCGCAAAAUGUUGAUUUACCAUCUCGCCAAGCACACUAAUUUGGAUGAAGUGAUUACGACUUUGGAGAAAGAUGAGUGCUUCGUAAACAGUCUUUUGAAAUUGAAAACCUUUUCGAUAACUGCCAAAUCCCUCGACAUCGCGACACACACGAAGUAUUACCGGGACCAUCUUUUAUAUCGGAAAAGACGCCAGCAAAAGGAAGCAGAAGCACGGGGAGAACUAUCUGUCUUUGAUAUGGAAACCAAGUUGGGCGAGGCGAUGCAAGGAUCUCUUUGGCAACCCAGUCAAGAAGAAAUCAUAAAAAUCCACAAAGUUUGCAACGAAGUGAAGCCGGGAUUGAUGAAAUUUUAUAUGGACAGCUACAAUCGUAAGCGUAAAAUCGGACAACCUAUAUUCAAAUCAAAAGGAACCGCUUCCAUUGUACGACAGCACUUGAAGGCAAUCAUCAAUCAUUACCAUGUCAACAACACCAAUGUGGACAUAAAAUACAUGUACGGUAACGCUGGAAUGGGUUAUCAACUACGAAUCACUGGUCAUAUGAGAAGAGGUCAUGGUAAUCUGAUCCAAAUGCUACGACAACAACCUAACGUGGAUUUACACAUGGUCGACGAAUACAAAACGACUCGACUUUGUUUCUGCUGCCACAAACCGCUGAUCCACCCAAAGAAGAAAGACAAGAAGUUGAACCUAGGGACGGUAAUCUGCACGAAUCCUGAUUGUUACGGAAAAUUGCUUGGAGGAAAAGGACAUAUCGCCUUCUCUCGAGACGGAAAUGCAUCAAUGAAUAUUAUAAUGGUCGGCUUAUAUCAAUCUAUCACCGGUUCACCUCCUAUUGCAUUCCAAAGAAUAACUGCACCUGCAUCAACAACAAGCGUCGACAAACUAAUCAAUUAUGUGAAGUAUCACUAUGCUGAACUGCAAUAGUUGAUUGUGACAAAGAAAGACUCUGAUCUGAAGGUUAAUUGUGUGCUGCAUAUCUCUC